UCAGAAAGAAAACUGUGAAGCCAAGGAACGAUUCUCCCUUUCUAAGUUCUCACCUAUCUACCAUUAAUUUCCUAAGUAUAUAUACCACUGCUUGUCUCUUCAACCUCUUCAUCCAACAUCUAAACUAAACAUAACUUUCUCUCUUUUUUGUCUCUCACAACACCAACAUAACAUAUUAUACCACACACCUCACCAUGGUUUUUCCAAAACCUUCUUCUGAAUCUGACCUCUUUCUUCAUUCCAACUUUGCCUCUUGUUAUGGUGGAGACUCUCUUCCCAGGUUCACCAUGCCUCAGAACUCCAUGCCUAAAGAGGCAGCGUACCAGAACAUACAUGACGAGUUACAGCUUGAUGCUAUUCCCAAGCUUAACUUGGCUUCCUUUGUCACCACUUCCAUGGAGGAGGAGUGCAACAAGCUCAUCAUGGAAUCUAUCAACAAGAACUAUGUAGACAUGGACGAGUAUCCUGCCACCACUGACCUUCAUAACCGGUGUGUGAAUAUGAUAGCACGUUUGUUCCAUGCUGAAAUCGGAGAAGAUGAGAAUGCUAUUGGAGCAGGAACUGUUGGGUCAUCAGAAGCAAUAAUGCUGGCAGGACUUGCAUUCAAGAAGAAGUGGCAGAACAAACGUAAGGCAGAAGGCAAACCUUAUGAUAAGCCUAAUUUGGUCACUGGCUCCAAUGUACAAGUAUGUUGGGAGAAAUUUGCCAGGUAUUUUGAGGUGGAGUUGAGGGAAGUGGAAGUGAGAGAAGGAUACUACGUUAUGGAUCCUGCCAAAGCAGUCCAGCUGGUUGACGAAAAUACUAUUUGUGUGGCUGCAAUAUUGGGUUCAACGUACAAUGGAGAGUUUGAAGACGUGAAGCUCUUGAAUGACUUGCUGCUACAAAAGAAUAAGCAAACUGGAUGGGAAACUCCUAUUCAUGUGGAUGCUGCAAGUGGUGGUUUCAUUGCUCCAUUCCUAUAUCCAGAGCUGGAGUGGGAUUUCAGGCUGCCAUUGGUGAAGAGCAUAAACGUGAGUGGACACAAAUAUGGGCUUGUUUAUGCUGGUAUUGGUUGGGUUAUUUGGAGGACAAAGGAUGACUUACCAGAAGACCUUGUGUUCCAUAUCAAUUACCUUGGAGCUGACCAACCCACUUUCACCCUCAAUUUCUCCAAAGGUUCUAGUCAGAUCAUUGCUCAAUAUUAUCAGCUAGUUCGCCUUGGUCAAGAGGGUUACCGGAGCAUAAUGGAGAACUGCAGAGAAAACGCAAUGGUGGUGAAGGAACAUUUAGAGAAGAGUGGACGCUUUAACAUACUCUCAAAAGACGAUGGUGUUCCAGUGGUGGCAUUUUCUCUGAAAGACAGAAGUCAGUACGAUGAGUACAAGAUAUCAGAGAUGCUGCGGCGCCACGGUUGGAUCGUACCAGCUUAUCCAAUGCCACCUGCUGCUCAGCACAUCAAUGUGCUCCGUGUGGUGAUCAGGGCUGAGUUUUCACGUACCCUUGCUCAACGCCUUGUAUUUGACAUCAACAAUGUGCUGCAUGAACUUGAAAAACUACAUCUUCCCAAAGUGAUCAACAACAUUACGGAAGAGAAGAAGGAGUUGGUUGAAAGUGCGGUUAAGAAAACAGCAUUGGAUGCACAUAGGGAAAUCAUUGCUCAAGAAUCGCACAAGCGUCAGAAAAUCAUGGCUGCGUAGCUAGGGAAUUCUGGCUCACCAUGCCAAUUAAAUAAGAAGCCUUCACUAUAUUUUUUCUAACUAUAGUUGCUUUAUUCAUUUUUGAAAAUUAUGUCAUUUCAACACAUUAGUUUAUUUCAUACAAAUUGAUGUCAAUUGAGAUAUGCAAUUCACAUUAAUGUAAUUUUUUAAAAAUGUUCCACCAUAUUGAUUUUGUUGUGAAAUCUCAGUUGUUGACUUUAAUGCAUUAGUACUUUGUUCUAUCA